AUGACAGUUCGAGGAUCUCCUCCCGAUUCCCUGUGGACACCUAGAGUGUCGACGAGAGAGAGCCGGGCCGUGCCUCCUCCGCGCUCGAAGCACCAAUUGCGCAGGCGACGUCAGAGUCUAGAUGGCAGCGGUUCCAGCACUGAGGAUGGGUCUGAUGCUAGCGGUAUCCGCCGCAAACGAAGCAACACAACCACGUCGCCUCCGCCGACGCUGAAAGCGCAGUCCCGCGGCAACAUCCCGCCGUUGUCCCCGCCUCGUAAAAUCUCCGAUCGAAGUGACAUCAGUUUGUCGCCGGAGGCGCUGAAGGCAGAGAUAAUAUCCAAAAAGCUUUGCAAACGGCAGUCUUCGGACAACACGCUGGAAGAGUCGUAUCGAGUAGCGAAGCAUCAGGCAACUCACGAGAGACACACCCAAGACAGCAACGCGAUAGAACGAGGAUCUGCUCGACCCAGUAGCGCCGGUCUUUUCUUCACGUCGACAUACAAGCAGGAGCUCGAGGCAAUGUUUGCCGUCUACGGCGAUUUUGAGUCCGUGGAGCUCGUCAAAAGCUUCGGUCGUGUGAGAACGAUGGCCUACGUCAGGUAUACAAAGGUAAGUCUUCAACUGCAGCCCUUGUCGUCAAAUCAUUUAGCGAGGAAUCGUCCCAAGGAGAUGAAAGUCCUGAGAAAACUGAGUUCAUGA